AUGGUGCGUUCAAAAUGAUUCGGUAUAUUUAUGUGUGUGUUUGUGUCUUGCUGAUAUCUGGACUAUCACAAGCAGGUAUUCGUGUGGUCCGUUCUCCGCAAUUUGGCUACAGCCAAGCAAGUUCCAGUGCAAGCUCUGGGUUUGGUGGACCCUAUGGAGGGUAUGCUCCAAUAAGACCCUUAUUUGGCGGUGGUGGCUUUGGCGGCGGCGGAUUCGGACCUGGUGGGGGCUUCGGACCCGGUGGGGGCUUUGGACCCGGUGGCGGCUUCGGACCUGGCGGGGGCUUUGGACCAGGUGGGGGUUUCGGACACGGUGGGGGCUUCGGACCCGGUGGGGGCUUCGGCCCCGGAGGUUUUGGAGGUGGUUCCUUGAGCAUAUCGAAGAGUGUCAGUAUUGGCGCAGGAGGCGGAGCCCAAUCUAGCUCUGGAGCCUUCUCCUUUGGAAAAUGAUGAACUAAUGUAUUGGAAGACUGUAAAUUCUACAAGAUUAAUUAAACGUAUGUUAUACAACGUAUGUCGGAGCCAAAAUUAA